GCGCACUUGCGCGCAUGCACGUCCACACUUCUGCAGGAUUAACAAGGCUGCACUUUUCUUGCACAGAGACACCUAUUUAGUUUUAAACUGCAGGAGGUCUUAUGUCACGCCGUUUUGAGUUCCAGAUUCCACUCUGCAUGAACAUGUGACUGGCUAGGGGACUCACAUGGCCGCAAUGGCUUCAUGAUCCGCUUUAGUUUUUUAAAAGUCCGGUGAUCGGUAGCUCCCGCAGCAGCUCGGCGACCAUCAGGGGCAGAGGAGCGCUGGAAAACACAACGCCUACCCGGACGGAUCAUGGCGAACAGUGGGCAGAAAGUUGUGCUGAUCACCGGUUGCUCAUCGGGCAUCGGAUUACGAAUCGCCGUUACGCUGGCCAAAGAUGAAAAGAAGCGUUACCAUGUCAUUGCCACCAUGCGGGACCUAAAGAAGAAGGAUAAACUUCUGGAAGCAGCUGGAGAUGCAUAUGAGAAGACCCUGAUGUUGCUUCCGUUAGACGUAUGCAGUGACGAAUCUGUCAAAGAGUGCAUCAACAAUGUGAAGGACCGCCACAUUGAUAUUCUGAUCAACAAUGCAGGUGUGGGUUUGCUUGGACCAGUGGAGAGCAUCAGCAUCGAUGAAAUGAAAAGAGUUUUUGACACCAACUUCUUCGGUGUGGUUCGUAUGAUCAAAGAAGUGAUGCCGGACAUGAAGAAGAGGCGUUCAGGACACAUUGUUGUCAUGAGCAGCGUUAUGGGUCUCCAGGGAGUGGUGUUCAAUGAUGUUUACACAGCCUCUAAGUUUGCAAUGGAAGGUUUCUGUGAGAGUAUGGCUGUGCAGCUGAUGAAGUUCAACAUCCGGUUGUCCAUGAUUGAACCUGGCCCUGUUCACACUGAGUUUGAGACGAAAAUGAUGGAAGAUGUAGCUAAGAUGGAUUUUCCUGGAGUCGAUGCAGACACAGUUCGAUAUUUUAAAGAUGUUUACCUUCCAUCAUCCAUAGAUAUAUUUGAAGCCAUGGGCCAGACUCCAGAGGACAUAGCUAAAUGCACAAAGAUCGUUAUUGAGUCGGAGAGGCCUCGUUUUAGAAAUCUGACCAACAGCCUCUACACACCCAUCGUGGCCUUAAAGUACGCAGAUGAAACCGGUGGCCUGUCUGUAAACACCUUCUACAACUUGCUUUUCAAUUUCGGUCCUCUCAUGCACAUCACCAUGAGCAUCCUGAAGUGCCUGACGUGUAGCUGCCUGCGCAGACGCACCAUCUCUCCCAACUGAAUAAUACAGUAUUCAGUUCAUCAACCCUAACCCCCCAGUGUCUUAAUUUGAGGUUCUGGGCUAAGCAGGUAAUGUAGAACGUGAAUCUCAAUGCGAGGAGGCUACCUUUAGAUCUAAGACACUACUAUGAUAAGCUUUGACAGACGAUAUGCGCAAUUGCACAAGUUUUUUUCUGAGGAGAUGGUAUAUCCAAGGUGCCCUGAGUUGAGAGGCACAUGUCACACAAUACAACAACACUAACAUUGGUUUUAGCAUACAUUUUAUGAAAAAAAAUGCCAUACUUAUUUUUUGAAAUAAGAACCUCAGAGGUAAAAUAAAUAAAAACAGUAUGAGAUAUAAAUCUUAUGGACUAAUAUAAAAGCACAAAACUGAACUCGGUUAAUAUGUGAAACAAUGACAUUAUAUGAAACGUCAGGUUAGAAAGAAAUUGUAGCUAAGAUAAUGCUAUGUUAAGACUCAGAGUUAUGGCAUUAGUAAUAGUCAUAAACAAAUUUGCUUUUAAUGUAUUGUGUCUAUAAUUUUAUGUUUGUUUUAAUGUAGUGUUGUUGUGGUCAUAACUGCUGUUGAAUCCUGUUUUCAAUCUUUUGGCAAAUGGAAUGUUU